UCUCCUCAACACCUCCCCCAUCCCACUUCUCUCAUUAACUUAGGAGACCAGGAAAUGGGGUGGGCUAUGCUUGCUUCCUUGUUGGCUGUCCAAGCCAUCGCUUCUUCCUUUCUGCCGCCAGGAGCUGCUGCAGAAGAUGUGCCAAAGUCUGCACUCAAUGAGAUAUGUGAUAGUGUGGAAUGCGGGAGGGGAACCUGCAAGGUUUCUGCCAACGCGAUAUUUGGAUUCGAGUGCGAGUGUGACCCGGGCUGGACUCAGUUUAGAAUUCACGACCACCUCCGCUUCCUCCCCUGCAUCAUUCCAAACUGUACCUUUGAUUACGCUUGCUACAAUGACUCUAUGGCUCGGACAGCCCCACCGUUCCCAAAACCUGAUCAUUUCUCCUAUUUCGAUCCAUGCUUCUGGUCUUUCUGUGGGAACGGAACUUGUGCAAAGAAAUCCAGGUUUGGGCACCGCUGCCAGUGCCACGAGGGCUUCAGCAAUCUUCUGAAUGCCACCAGCUUCCCUUGCUUCAGAGACUGUACUCUUGGGGCAGAUUGCACGAGCCUGGGGUUUACCUUGUCAAAUUCCUCCUAUCCAUCUUCCCCACCUAAUUUUUCUAGUACACGCAGUGAAGGUUCCUCUACUGCAACAAACUCUCUAUGGAUGUACAUCAUGAUGCUAUUUCUAGCUGUAACUCGAACAACGCAAAUGGAACUUUAGCAUAAGUAUGAGAUUCGUCCAUGGGGAUCUAAGCAGUAUACCCCAGAGAUUUUUUUGAUUUCUUUGCCUCCUGAUCUCUUUGGUCGAGUGUUCAUUUUUGAAAAAAAGGAAAAAGGAAUAACCCAUAUUUCCUGAAUUUGGAUGGUGUUGAUUUUAUCAUUUUGUAUCCAUGAGUUCAUGUUCUGAGAUUAAAGUAGAAAAACAUGGUUGUUUUUGGACCAAUUAGUACUCUCUCUCUCUC